AUGAAAGGUCGUAGUGACGCAGUCGGUAUAUCUUAAAAUCAUGAAUCAUGAGUACCCGGUUCAACCUCUGCUCUGGUUUUCUGUUUCGGAAACGCGAUCAUUUUUGAUUUCAUUUUUUAUAAUCGUAAAUGAACAUCAUUAGUUAAUUUGUCAAGAAUAUGAGAUUGUCCUUUUGAUUUGCGUCAGAAACCUUAUUUAGGCUUUGAACAAAAUGACAAUUUCAUAUUCUUGACAAAUUAACUAAUGAUGUUCAUACGAUUGACGACAGCGGCGCGUUGCUAGGUGCAGAUAUGGUCAUGUGAUAGCUCGGAUAAAAAGAAAAUCGUGAAGAGCUGCUUGAUGGGAAUAUAAUUAGUUUCCGAGAACUCCAUUGUUUAGAUUGGCUUUGAGAUGCUGAACUAAUGAGUAUACUAGAUGUGGCUUUGUAGUGAAGGUGGAUAGAAAAAAUAAGUUAGUCACAUGGGAAAGAGAUAUCAUCCAUUGGGAAAAAAUACUGAAGUUCUCUUGGUCUGAAAUUGAUUGGAAAAAGUAGAGUUUUGUGAAUUGGAUUGUUUAGUCAUAUUCUCAAAGUCUGAAAUUUUUGGAGAUACCAUAAACGCUCUUUUAUAGUAAAUUUCUUGCAAGGAAGGCAAUUUCCUUUUUUUUUUCUCUAAAUUUUCUGAAAAUGUUCAGAAAACUUCUUGCUGUACCAGAUCGAAAUCCUGAAAGUCACCACCUGCACUUUUUUUCAAGUUUCGGUAAAGAAAUUUCAAAAUAAAGUUUUUCCCAGAUUUUAACCACUCAUUCCCCGAAAAACUGGAAAAAGUGCAGUUUGAGAUUUUUAAGGCCUUCAUAUGGUUCAUGAAGAAGUAUUCUGGCUAAUUUUCAAGAAUUUCCAACCGGAAAAAAUUAAUUAAAUGACCUUUUUUGUCAAGCAAUUUUACUUUAGGUCGGCGAAUUGUAGUAAAAAGAACAUCGAAAAAAUAAAACUUCAAAGAAUUCAAAAAAUAUGAUGCUGAAGCAAGUCGUUGCAUUGUUGGUGAUAGUAAAGCUUGAGGGAACCAGUCGGAAAGUAAACAUAGGCUUUCCGACUAGUAGCUACUCCUCUGAAGCCUCGAACCUUGAAAAAUAAGAUUAUCAAUAAAGAAUCUAUUUGAAUAUUUGAAUAUUUGAAUAUUUAUUUGAACUAUCACCAACAUCUAUAUAAAUUUUUCUCGAAAAAGAGGCCCGUUGAAAAUUUAUUCAGAAUAAAGAACGGCUCAGGUCUAGGCAUUUAAUGGAACUAAAAAGGUUUAACUUUGAAAAAUCGCAACUUACGAAAAAAAAAAGCGUGAAAUGGUGGUAGUCGAAGAUAAAGAAAAGACGAAAGAUACUAUUAAGAGGAUCUGAGAAUGGGAUCUGUAGACAUAGGAAUUAAGAUAAACAGUUGAGAUCCGAAAUAUGUCAAAUUUCAGGAGCUAUCAAACUUUCAGAAUAAAAGUCAAGUCUCAAAGAAAUAUAGUCAAGCUAGGUAUCGGGAAUUCCUGAAGUCAAAAAAAUUGUUUUAAAAAAACGAGAUGAAAAGAGAGCCGACUUGGUUUGAUUUUUCUGCAGCUGAGUUGUUCUGUUUGACAACUCGGCGGAGGGUCGUGCGUGUAUUUUACGCGUCUCUCCCCUCCAUCUAAAGGCUUUGAAUUUGAGUCGGUCCAUUUUCCCCUCAGGCGGCGGCGGCGGUCGUCGUCGUCGUCGUGGAAAAACUCGGCCGCAACCCCCAUCACAGCAAGAGGAGCACAAACAGACAGUCUCACUGUGUGUGUUUGUGUGCAGCUGCCCCACAGGCCUCGAGGUGACGGCGCGCGACGGACGACACGCGCAGCACGAUUUUCCCGAAACCUCUCUCCGACCGACCGUCUCCGCACACGCCGGUCCGGAUCCGCUUUUCCACGUUCACUCGAAAGCCUGA